AUGGCCAAGGCAAAGCUCAAGAAGAUCCUCGACGCCAGAAAGGGCCGCGACAUCGCGCUCGAGAAGCAGCGCAAGAAGGAGAAGGCUGCGGAGAAGCGCAAGGCGAAGAAUGCGCCGGUGGUUGAGAACGAUGAUGAGGCGGGCGGUGUGCCGCUAGAUGAGGUGGAGGUCAAGGUUAAUGGCAAGGCGAAGGAGUCCAAGAACGGAAAGAAGGCGGCAAAGGCGACAGAGAAGGAGGCUGAGUGGGAGACUGAGGGCAGCGAGGACGACGACAGCGAUGACGAGGACGAUGUGGAAGAGCGACCUGCAUUCGACCUCUCGCGCCUCGAGGACAGCGAGAGCGACGUCAGCGGCGACGAUGAGGAGGACGAGGACGAGGAUGAGGAGGAGGCAGAGGACAUUCCGCUUUCUGACAUCGAGUCGCUCGCCUCCGAAGACAAGGGCGACAUCAUUCCCCACCAGCGCCUGACGAUCAACAACACCGCCGCUCUCACCGCCGCCGUGAAACGUAUAGAGCUGCCAUACUCGAAGCUCGCCUUCUCAGAGUACCAGUCCGUCACCACAACCGAGCCCGUCGAGAUCGCCGACGUCGAAGACGACCUGAACCGCGAGCUGGCAUUCUACAAGCAGUGCCUGUCCUCGGUCAAGGAUGCGCGAGGCAGGUUAAAGAAGGAGGGCGUGUCGUUCUCGCGGCCGGCAGACUACUUCGCCGAGAUGGUCAAGAGCGACGAGCACAUGGGCAAGAUCAAGCAGAAGCUGAUCGACGAGGCGGCGGGCAAGAAGGCGUCUGCCGAAGCGCGCAAGCAGCGUGACCUAAAGAAGUUCGGCAAGCAGGUCCAGGUUGCCAAGAUGCAGGAGCGCGCGAAGGAGAAGAGGGACACGAUGGAGCAGAUCAACCUGCUGAAGAGGAAACGCCAGGGCGCAGACAUCACCAAGACCAACGAAGAAGACCUCUUCGACAUCGGCCUCGAGGCCGAUGACUCCAAGCCCGACCGCCGCGAAGACCGAGCGGGCGGUAACAAGCGUCACAAGAAGAACGAGAAGUUCGGCUUCGGCGGCAAGAAGCGACACGCCAAGAGCAACACAUCCGAGUCGACCAGCGACGGCCGCGGCUUCUCGUCGAGAAAGAUGAAGGGCAAGACCGGCGGUGCGGCCAAGGCGAGGCCCGGCAAGGCGAGGAGGGCGAACAAGCACUAG